UAAAGACCCUUUCUUGCUACCUAAUUUUUCAUUCCACAACCCCUUGAAUCUUGAUUACCAAUUUGUCUCCCUAAAAUAUCUUUCAUAAUUUACCAAUUUUUCUCCCAAAACCCAAAAAUUUGCAAACAUGGGCAAAACUAAAACCAACCAUAGCAACAUAAAAAAUGCAAUAAUAGCAUUGUUAGCUCCACUUCCUUCUAUUCUAUUUUACCUUUAUUUCUUGAACCAUUAUUCUGAGUCUGAUCAUUCUUUCUCCUCCAUUUGGUCUUGGUGUUACAAUCAUCCUAUUCUUCUUGCCAAUGUCUUCUUCUUCUUUAACAUCAAUUUCUUGUUUUGGGCUAUUGCCCACCUUCAGUCCAGUCACUGGAUGAUUGAUCCAUAUUGGACAGUGAUUCCUUUAAUGCUAGCUUGCUACUAUGCAACACACCCAAUAGCUACUUAUAAUGUUUGGAGGUCCAGAAUUGUGAUCUUAUUAACAGGGUUGUGGAGUUUAAGGCUUUCUCAUAACUAUUUUCGUCGCGAAAAUUGGCAAUGGGGUGCUAGGGAGGACUGGAGAUUCACUGAUAUGCGUCAACAGUAUGGCAAAAAUUGGUGGUGGGUCUCAUUUUUUGCCAUCUAUUUUGCUCAGCAGGUCUUUCUAGCAGGGUUAACCCUUCCCUUUUACACCAUACACACUAUUGAAGCACCCUGGAGCAUCUGGGACAUUGCAGCCAUUGCUGUGUGCUUAACCGGUAUAAUUGUCGCUUACUAUGCCGACACUCAGCUUCACGAGUUUUCCACCAAGAACGCCGAGUUAAAGGCUUGCGGGAAGCCAACCUCGCCUACAUUGGAAAAUGGCUUGUGGAAGUAUUCGCGACAUCCAAACUAUUUUGGGGAGCAGUUGUGGUGGUGGGGACUCGGUAUCUUCGCAUGGAGCCUUGGACAAGGGUGGACAUUCAUCGGGGCGUUUGUUAAUACGUUGUGCUUAGCUUAUGUGACUGCGCUUGUCGAAGAGAGGAUGCUUAAGCAACCCUCAAGAGCUGAAGCAUACCGACAAUACCAGAAGACUACCUCGGUUUGGAUCCCUUGGUUCAGAUCAUCAUCCCUUGAAGAAACCAAAGAUAAGAUCAAUUAAUUUUGAUAUUGUCAAAUCUUUACUCUAUGUAACUGUAAACUGUGUGUUAUUAUCCUUGUUCUCUUUAGUGCUGUUAUAUCAUGAUCCAUAAAUGUUAUUUGUUUGCAAGAGAAUUUUCUUGCUUUGUCUUUUUCUACUAAUAUGGUGUAUGGGAUUGUAUAGAUCAAUUGAAUUUCCCUAUUUACUUGCCAAGCAAGAUUAUAAAAGUUUAAAUGAGGAAUGAGGUGUUUUUAGCUAUAUGCUCAACCCCAAAUCCCGAAUACUAAUAUAAGGUUGGCCGAGCCUAUAGUAUCUCCGUCAUUUUUUUGUGUUAUUUGUUACACAAUCCGGUUUUUGUUCAAAUAACUUUGACCAUAGC